AGGGUCCCAGCCCCCAAAGAGGAAGAAACCGCAUGAUCCAAGUCCUUUGGCGACCAAAGAGGUUUCGAUGUUCAGGGAGGACUCCACACCUUGACUGGAACUCUGUCCACCUCCUCCAGUAUUACCCUGACUCACAGAUCCCUGACUGCAGGAGCCCCACUCCUGGACAUUCACUGGUCCUGCCUGACCACGUGCUCCCAGUCAUGCCUGUCCCUCCCCAGCAACCAGCCAGGGUCUGAGACCAGCCUUUCUACCUGAUUACAAAAAGACAGACAUCCACCUGCCCAGACCAACCCCCCAAAUCACACCACUGUGGCACCUCCAGCUUAGGAUCCCACUGGGGCAGGCAUUAAGACAGGGCGGUCAGUCAAUGUGUUAAAUCACCUGGGCACUGGGGACUUGAAGCCAGAUAAGGAGGGGGCUGAUGUCCAUGUUGAACCCUCCACUCAGGUGUGGAGAGCUUUGGAAGGGUCUCCAAAGACACAGAGAGAGAUGGAAGCAGUAAAGGGGAGGAGGCAUCUAUAUCUCCACCCUCCCCCACAAACAAGCUCCCCUCCCCCACCCAUGACGGGAACUAGGAGGCCAAAGUCUGCCCCAAGAUCAAAAAAUCAAUGGUUUUGCAGGGAGGGGGACAGAAGUGGGGCUGUGGAAGGAUUGGCGGAGGAGGGCACAGCCCCUCUUGCUCUGAUCUGGGCUGAGGGGGCCAUGUCUGGAAGGUUGGACUGAAGCCAGGCCUCUGUCCCCACCCUUUGUGGGGGGAGCAGCCUGCGAUCAGGCUGCCUGCCAGGGUUGAUAAGGGGCCCUCCUAGGGCUCCCACAAACGGUUUAUCACCUGGGGGUGGGGGGACCGCCUGCAGAGUUCAGGAAGGGGCAUGACCAUGGAGCGGCUUUGGGGUCUACUCCAGAGAAUGGCCCCUUCCCCAACCUCAUCCCCAUCCUGCCCCUAUAGCAACAGCUGUCUCCAGGACCCUCUCAAACCAUCUACAAGCGUGUGGAAGGCACUCAGCAGGGGUACCUGGAGGAAGAGGAAGACAGGGAGGAGGGGGCCGAGCCACUGGCCCACUUCUUCCCCAUGGAGCUGAGGGGCCCUGAGCCCUUGGGCUCUAGACUAGGGCAGCAAAACCUCAUACCCUGGGCAGCAGCAGGACGAAGGGCUGCCCCCUACCUGGUCCUGACAGCCCUACUGAUCUUUACUGGGGCCUUCCUUCUGGGAUAUGUGGCCUUCCGAGGGUCCUGCCAGGCAUGCGGGGACUCCUUAUUGGUGGUCAACGAGGACAUCAACUAUGAGCCGGGCCUAGACUCCCAACAGGGCACCUUGUACUGGAGUGACCUCCAGGCCAUGUUCCUGCGGCUCCUAAAGGAAGGGCACCUGGAGGACACCAUCAGGCAAACCAGCCUUCGGGAACGCGUGGCCGGCUCAGCCGGGAUGGCCGCCCUGACUCAGGACACCCGCAUGGCGUUCUCCCACCAGAAGCUGGACCACGUGUGGACAGACACGCACUAUGUAGGGCUGCAGUUCCCCGACCCGGCUAACCCCAAUACCCUGCACUGGGUCGAUGCGGCUGGGAGGACCAGGGAGCAGCUGCCGCUGGAAGACCCCGACGCCUAUUGUCCCUACAGCGCUACAGGCAACGCCACGGGAAAGCUGGUGUACGCCCACUACGGGCUGCCCGAGGACCUGCAGGACCUUCGGGCUAGGGGCGUGGAGCCGGCGGGCUGCCUCCUGCUGGUGCGUGUGGGGGUGAUCAGCUUCGCCCAGAAGGUGGCCAGUGCCCAGGACUUUGGGGCCCGGGGAGUGCUCAUAUAUCCUGACCCAGAAGACUUCUCUCAGGGCCCACACAAGCCAGGCCUGUCCAGCCACCAAGCUGUGUAUGGACAUGUGCACCUGGGAACUGGGGACCCCUACACACCUGGCUUUCCUUCCUUCAAUCAAACCCAGUUCCCUCCAGUUGAAUCCUCUGGGCUCCCCAGCAUCCCAGCCCAGCCCAUCAGUGCAGAUAUUGCUUCCCACCUGUUGAGGAAGCUCAAAGGCCCUGUAGCCCCCCAGAAAUGGCAGGGGCGCCUCCCAGACACCCCUUAUCACCUGGGCCCAGGGCCAAGCCUGCAGCUAAGGGUCAACAACCAUAAGGCCUCCACCCCCAUCAGCAACAUCUUUGGCUGCAUUGAGGGCCUCUCAGAGCCAGAUCACUAUGUUGUCAUCGGGGCCCAAAGGGAUGCAUGGGGCCCAGGGGCAGCCCAGUCUGCUGUGGGGACUGCCAUAUUGCUGGAGCUGGUCCGGACCUUUUCCGCCAUGGUGAGCAAUGGCUUCCGGCCUCGAAGGAGUCUUCUCUUUAUCAGCUGGGAUGGAGGCGACUUUGGGAGUGUGGGCUCCACAGAGUGGCUGGAGGGCUAUCUCAGUGUGCUGCACCUCAAAGCUGUGGCCUACGUGAGCCUGGACAAUGCAGUGCUGGGGGAUGACAAAUUCCAUGCCAAGACCAGCCCCCUUCUGAUCAGCCUCAUUGAGAACCUCCUGAAGCAGGUGGACUCUCCUAACCACAGUGGGCAGACCCUCUAUGAGCAGGUGGCAUUCACUAAUCCCAGCUGGGAGGCUGAGGUGAUCCAGCCCCUGCCCAUGGACAGCAGUGCCUACUCCUUCACGGCCUUUGUGGGGGUCCCUGCUGUUGAGUUCUCCUUCAUGGAGGAGGACCAGGCAUACCCGUUCCUGCACACAAAGGAGGACACGUAUGAGAACUUGCACCAGAUACUUCGAGGCCGCCUACCCGCUGUGGCCCAGGCUGUGGCUCAGCUCACUGGGCAACUUCUCAUCCGGCUCAGCCAUGAUCACUUGCUGCCCCUCGACUUCAGCCGCUAUGGGGACGUGGUCCUCAGGCACAUUGGCAGCCUCAAUGAGUACUCUGGGGACCUCAAGGCCCGCGGGCUGACUCUGCAGUGGGUGUACUCAGCGCGCGGGGACUACUUUCGGGCGGCGGAGAAGCUGCGGCAGGAGAUCUACAGCUCCCAGCAGGGUGACGAGCGACUCAUGCGCAUGUACAACGUGCGCAUAAUGAGGGUGGAAUUCUACUUUCUGUCCCAGUACGUGUCGCCGGCAGACUCCCCGUUCCGCCACAUCUUCUUGGGUCGUGGAGACCACACUCUGGGCGCCCUGCUCAACCACCUGCAACUGCUGCGCACCAACGGCACCGAGGCGCCUAGGGCCACCUCUUCUGGGGUGGUGCCUGACCUGGGUUUCCAGGAGAGCCUCUUUCGUCGCCAGCUAGCCCUGCUCACCUGGACGCUGCAAGGGGCAGCCAACGCGCUUAGCGGGGACGUCUGGAACAUUGAUAACAACUUUUGAGGCCUCCCUGCCCACCCCUGCUUCCCUGCCAGGAAUUCCUUUGCUCUCAGCUUGACCGAGUCAGGGCGAAGGAGGUGGCCCAGUGGCCUGUCAUUGCUAACUAAUCUUAUUAGCCUUUUUCAUCUCUCUUUGGGGGCCCAAACCCAGCGCAGACACCCACACACCCCUGGCCCUGCAGUGUGGGUGAGCAGUUUUUCGUAAUGUGAUGGUCAGGUUAUUGGUUAAUCAGAGAGCAGCAUCCCUUCAAUUACAGCUCCUUCCCUUUUCAGGAGCAGGGUCUUCCAUACGUGGAGACCACUUUGGAAGGUUUGCUAAGCCCUGGGACCUUGCCAACUCUCCUUGUGGGAGAGGUUGCAGGUGCAGGCACCAUAGCCUUAUGGCCAACAGGUGGUCUGGGAUGGGAGUGGUGUGGGAUAUGGACGUCAAUAAACCACCUGGUGACAUUGGUUGUUCAUAA